AUGAAGACAGGUUCUCCGGCCUAUUCUGAAUCUCUCUUCUUUUGGUUUACAGCCUUACUCACACUUUCGUUCAGAGCCUCCUUGCUUCACAGCCUUGCUCAGGCUCAGCUGCUUCUGGUACUGCGCUCAGCCCUCGCACAGGCUCUUGGCUCUCCUUCUGAACCUCUUGUGGAGAACGGGUUUUUUGAAGGAGAUGAUUGUGUUCCUGGAUUGGAGGUCCCUUUCCCCUCAACGUUUCAUUUUUCGCCUGGGCCGGUGUCCCUUUUGAUGGAGGUGGCUUGCUUGGGUUUUGGGCUUUUAGGAACUGUGGUCUCUGGACUUUGCUUUGCUCUUUUUCUCCUUGGCUUGGGCUGGGUCAGGCUGGGUCCCGAGCUUAGGCCCUGGAUGCUAGGCGGAGGGACGCCGUAA